AUGAAAAAUUUUGAUACUCGUAAAUUUAUUAAGUUAUUUAGUAUUUUAAAUAAAAAGAAAAAAUAUCCUUAUUUUAACUUAAGAUAUUUAAAAAAUAUAAAAAAUGGAAAAGUAGGUUACGAUAUAAUGUCAAAUUACAUAAAUGCCAAUAAAGGAAAAAUAUUAAAUGAUACAAUAAAGUAUAGAUAUGAAAAUGUUUUGACAAAGUUAAUUACAAAUAUUAAUGAAUUCAAUAAAUCAAUAAAUAAAAUAGAUAAUGAAAACAUGAUAUUUCCUCGUAAUAACAUAGGACAUAAAAAUAAUUUUGGUAUUAAUAAAAAAAAUCAUGAUUUAUUAAUUCAAAUAACUUAUAAAAAUAGUGAAAAUACAAAUAUGAUCAAAAAUAGUAAUAAAAAAAAUGAUAUUAAAAAUGAUAAUAAUAAGAAUUCCAAAUUAAUGAUUAUGGAAAAUUAUAAUAAAAAAAAAGUAAAAAAUAAACCUGAUAAAUUUUUAAAUAAAGAUGAACUAAAAAAAGUUUGCUCUUUUGAAAAAAAAAAAAAAUAUACACUAAAUGAAUAUAAAGAAGGAAAAACAGAUAAGACUGAUGAUCAAGGAGAAAAAUAUGGAAAUAUUUUAAAAGAGGUAAAUCAUGAUAAUUUAAAUUUAGAAAACAAAACAAAUGAAUAUGAGAAAGAAACUUUAAAUAAUAUUAAUAAUAACAACAAUAUUAAAAAUGAGGAAAUAAAUAAUUUAGGAACAAGUGAAGUAAAUUAUAACGAAGAAAUUUCUUUAUGUAAUGAAAACGUAAAUGAUAAUGUGAAUUGCUCGAAGGUAAAGAUAACUAAAGAAAAUAUAAUAAAUAUAGAUGAAAUAAAAAAGGAAUCAAAAAAAGGGAAAAACCCCAAAAAAUUACUUGUUGAAGAAGAUAAUAUAGGAAGUAAUGAAAAAAAUUUAAAAGAAAAUAUGAUUAAUGAAGAGAAUAUUAAAGAAAUAAAUGAAAAAGAAGAAUUAAAAACUAAAAAACAAGAUAAUACUAAAAAAGGAAGUGAUAAUACUAUCAAUUUUCAGAUGAAAAAUUUAAAAUCCAAUAAAAAGUGUUUAUAUCCUCACGAAAUUGUGGAGUAUUUAAAUAAAUAUAUUAUAGGACAAACUGAAGCAAAGAAGGUUGUAGCAAAUGCAUUAAGACAAAGAUGGAGAAGAAUUCAAGUAGACGAAGAUAUGAAAAAAGAUAUAAUUCCCAAAAACAUUUUAAUGAUUGGCCCAACUGGUGUAGGAAAAACAGAAAUUGCUAGAAGAAUUUCUAUGUUUGUUGAUGCUCCAUUUAUAAAAGUAGAGGCCACUAAGUUUACUGAAGUUGGUUUUCAUGGUAAAGAUGUAGAUCAAAUUAUAAAAGAUUUAGUGGAGAUAGCAGUAAAAAGGCAGAAAACAAAAUUUGAAAUAGAGAUAAGAGAACAAGCUGAAGAAACUGUAGAAAAUAUUAUUUUAUAUUCUUUGUUAGGAAAUAUAAAAGAAGAAGAAAAAAAUAUAUGGAGACAAUAUUUAAGAGAUGGUUCAUUAGAUGAUAAAGUUAUAAGUAUAGAUAUACCAAAUUAUAUAAAUAAUAAUAUUUUUUCCAAUGAUUCUGUAGAGAAUGCUGUAAAAGAAGCCUUAAGUAACCAUCAAAAUAUAAAAAGUGUAAAAAUUAUACAUCAAAAUAUAAAUAAACAAAGUGAUAAAAAAACAAUGACUAUAAGAGAAGCUAAGCAAAAGUUAUUGCAAUUAGAAAUUGAUUCUUCCAUGAAUCAAGAAAUUAUUUUAAAAACAGCUAUUAACUCAGUUGAAGAAGAAGGAAUUGUCUUUAUUGAUGAAAUUGAUAAAAUAUGUUCUAAAUCAAACUCUUCAUAUAAUGGUCCAGAUGCAAGUGCAGAAGGAGUUCAAAGAGAUUUAUUACCAUUAAUUGAGGGAUGUGUAAUAAAUACCAAAUAUGGAAAUAUUAAUACUAAUUAUAUUUUAUUCAUUGCUUCGGGAGCAUUUCAAAGAGUCAAACCCAAUGACAUGCUAAAUGAAUUACAAGGAAGAUUACCUGUCCAUGUUACUUUAUCUAGCUUAACUAUUAAGGAUUUUAUUGAAAUAUUGACAAAAACUCAUAAUAAUUUAAUACAACAAAAUAUAGCUUUGUUAAAGACAGAAGGAAUUGAUUUGCAAUUUACUGAAGAUGCCAUUGAAACUAUUGCAAAUGCAGCACAUGACAUGAACUUUUAUGUUGAAAAUAUUGGGGUACGUAGAUUGCACACUAUUAUCGAAAAAAUAAUGGAAGAUAUCAAUUAUGAUGUAUAUAACUAUGUGAAUCAAACUGUAGUUAUUGAUAAAGAGAAAGUGAAGAAAUCAUUAGAAGGAUUUAUAAAGCAGUAUGACUUAAAAAAAUAUAUUAUUUGA